UGGCGGGCUCAACGUCACAUAGCAGUUCUGCUUUUACAAUCCAGGCCUUUCUGCUUCUGGAUCGGUACAUCUGCUGCAGCUGCUCGCUGUGAUUGUUGUGAGAACCUCUGGGGUUUCCUCUGAGAGCGCCUGAAACAUGGCACAGGUUGAGAGGAUGCAGAAGAAGACCAGCUCCGUGUCCCUGACCAUCUCCUCCUCCUCGUCUGUCUCCUCCUCCCGAGAGCUCUCCUCCUCCUCCUCCUCCUCCUCCACCUUCGUUGCUCAGAGACAGUCCAGCCUGGUGCAGCCGCUGUGCGUCAGCCCGCACAGGACUCAGAGCCCCAUCAACAAUCAGCAGUAUUCUGGGAACGGAGUGGCUCCCACAUUUCUUAAGUGCCUCAGCGAUGCGUCGGCCCUGAAGGGUCAGCUGGUGGUGCUGGAGUGCAGACUGAGGGGGACGCCGCCGCUGCAGGUCAUGUGGUACCGGGAGGACGAACAGAUCCUGGACUCAGCUGAUUUUAGGAUACUGCGAAAAAAGGCCAGUUCUGCUUCAGUGCCAGAGGAGCUGUGCACGCUGGUGAUCACAGAGGCCUACCCUGAAGACUCGGGCCUAUUUAAAUGUGUCGUCCUCAACUCAUUUGGCACCGUCUCCUGCUCUGCCAUGCUUGAAGUUUACAGUGACCUGGAGGAGCAGCUGGAGGUUGAGGCAUAUCACCAGCAACAAGCGGUUUCUCACAGAGAAGAAACGGAAACAACACUCCAACAGGACACCACGUCCUCCAGGAAAAGCAGUGAGGACUUCCCUGUUGUGUUGCCUGACAUUAUGAGCAUCCCUCGGCCAGAGUGGCCCGGCAGCCCUUCAGGAGACCACAGCCCUGCUGCCGACCUCCCUGAGCCUGGGCCCGCCGGCCAGCCCCCCGGAGAAGCUGCUGGGUGCAGAGAGGAGGACAAGGCUCUGAGCUCGGAGGGAACCCCGGGGGUCACGGUCCGGGUCGGCACGCCCAGCCCGCCUCCUCCAGCAGCCCGGGUCCACGCCCCAACGCCCAAGCUGUUCUCACCGAGCAAGAUUACCUUCACCCCGUCCCAGUCAGGAAGCAGCAACAUGAACCUGCCGGACCUGCCCAACUUCAGCCCCAACACCUUCCCUCCGAGCGCCUUCAACUAUGAGCGGCCGAGGCACUUCAUCCAGUCGCAGCCCUCCUUCCAGGCGCCCAGCUACGAGAGCGUGCUGAGGGACGCCCAGGAGACCCAGAGCAGCCACCAGAGCAGCCACGAGAGCAGCCAGAUCAGCCACCAGAACCAGAGCAGCCACCAGAACCAGAGCAGCCACCAGAGCAGCCACCAGAAUCAGAGCAGCCACGAGAGCAGCCACGAGAGCAGCCAGAUCAGCCACCAGAACCAGAGCAGCCACCAGAACCAGAGCAUCCACCAGAACCAGAGCAGCCACCAGAGCAGCCAGCAGAACACCCAGAGCACCCUGAACACCCACCAGAACCUCAGCAGUGCCCAGAGCUGCCAGACGGCCCGGGAGGCCCAGUGCAAGAUGACGACGACGCAGAGCGAGUCCUUCUCUCAGUCCCAGUCGGCGUCCAAGACGUUGCUGCAGAGCCAGGCUCAGCUGCAGUCCCAGUUCCAGUCCCUCAGCCUGGGCCAGAACCAGGCCCAGUCCUCCAUCCACACGCAGGUCCACAACCAGGCCAACGGAACCAGCAAGUCGUCGCCCUCGUCCUCCAGCCUCAGCUCCCCGGCCUCCUCCUCCGCACCUCCUCUCUCCUUCCCCGGCCCCCUGCCCUCCCCCUGCUCCCCCACCAGCUCCCCCCCCGCCCCGGCCCCCACCUCCUCCCUGCCCCGCACCACCAUGCGCUCCACCAUCACCCUCACCCCGCGGGUGCCCAGCGCCACUGGGCUGGGCAGCGCCACCCUGCCGGCAAACCAGGACAGCAUGUCGGCCUCAGCGGCGUACCUCUGCUCCGUGCUGCCGUCCCAGGGCUCCUCCAUGUUCUCCUCCAAGCUGUCUCCCAACGCCGGCCUUCCCCGGGCCUCCACCUCCCCCUCCGUCUCCCCCCUGUCCCCCCCAAGCCCCGUCCCUCCUGUUAAAGUCUCCCCUGCUCCGGCCUUCCUUCCUCAGCACCCGGUGUCCCCUUCCCUCCCUCGCUCCCCCAUCCCUCCCUCCAAUCCCUCUUCCCUUUCUCCCUCCAUUCACUCUCCCUUCUCUCCCCUCUCUCCCUCCAAUCCGUCUUCCCUUACUCCCUCCAUUCACUCUCCCUUCUCUCCCCUCUCUCCCUCCAAUCCCUCUCCCCUUUCUCCCUCCAUUAACUCUCCCUUCUCUCCCCUCUCUCCCUCCAUUAACUCUCCCUUCUCUCCCCUCUCUCCCUCCAUUCCCUCUCCCCUCUCUCCCUCCAUCACUUCCCCCCUCUCUCCCUCCAUCCCCUCGCUCCCCCAGCUCAGUUCUCCACAGAGCUUCAGCAGGGAGCCACCUCCCGUCGUCUCCCUGCCAGCCGGCUACAAGGGGACAGCAAACACGCUUCCUAAACCCAUCUUGAAAAAGUCUGUAGCACCUCGGCCUUCCUCCUCUCGCUCCACCGAUGAAGACAUCCAGGGCUCCAAAGACGCCCUGAUCCAGGAUCUGGAAAAGAAGCUCCGCUCAAAGGAAGCCAGGAGAAGACAGAGCCAGAAACUCUCCUACGAGGAGCGGAUGGCUCGCAGGCUUUUGGGUCCAGACAACGCAACGGAGAUGUUUGACCAGGACAAUCUUUCAGACUAUCAAACCGACCAGCCAGAUUCACCAGGGGGAAGACAGGCUGGUGGACUAUGGGGAAGGCACCUCUCGGGGACAGACGAGAGGAUUUCUGAGGGACCAGCGAUCCAGGAGAAAUGUUACGCUCCUCGCUUCCUGCAGGUCCCCCAAGACCUCACCGUGGAGGAGGGACGCUUCUGCAGAAUCGACUUCAAGGUCGGAGGCCUCCCAACACCAGACAUUUCCUGGUACCUGGACGGGAAAGCCAUUCGUCCAGACGACUACCAUAAGAUGUUGGUGUGUGAAAAAGGGAUGCACUCGUUCAUUAUAGAGAUUGUGACGGUGCAUCACGCCGGUGUGUACGAGUGUGUGGCCAGGAACCGAGCCGGGGAGGGCAAAUUCACCAUGAAGCUCGAGGUUCUAGCUCAGGAAGCUCUCCGUCCUCCCACCUUCACCCAGAAGAUGUCCAACUCCAGGGUUCUUGAGGGGGACAGCGUUCGGUUAGAGUGUAAAGUGGAUGCUUCCCCUCCUCCACAGCUUUACUGGAAGAAGGAUAAAGACAUGCUGCGCAUAGACCCCUACAGAAUGAGCCUGUACCAGGACGGCUCUGGACGGCAGUGCCUGCUGAUAGAGAGGGUGAUGAAGUCGGACGCUGGCUGGUACACGCUCUCUGCCAUUAACGAAGCUGGCAUGUCCACGUGCAACGCCAGGCUGGACGUCGCCACUCGCACCACUCCAGCCUUAAAGACGGCCCCCCCCGGCUCCAAGACGCUGAAGCUGCUGUCGUCUCUGAGCCACGUUCCAGCCGUGACGGUGGAGCGGCCGGGCCAGCUCCCGGCCCAGCUCCCGGCCAAGCUCCCGGCCAAGCUCCCGGCCAAGCUCCCGGUCCAGCUCCCGGUCCAGCUCCCGGUCCAGCUCCCGGCCCAGCUCCCGGCCCAGCUCCCGGCCCAGCACACCGCCCCGCUGUACGAGAGCGAGGAGCUGUAGACCCGGCCGCCACGGCGUCCUCGUCCUCUCAGACCUGCUGAACCGGGCCAGAGCCUCCGCUGACCGUGGUCCGAGCAGAAACCCAACUGAUCAACAACAUACCGGUGCCGGUCUCACACUCAGGUGGGAAGGUUUUAGUACGUAAAGACAGACGAGCUGUGUUCAUGAUAUCUGAGAAGACAACUGCAGUGCUUAGUUAGAUUUUUCCUUCAUUUAUCCCUCACUUGCCAACACAGUUGAGUAAAAUCUCCCUAAAGUCUUUGUCAAGUGGCCUGAAAUACUUUAAAGAAACAAGUGUGACUGUCAGGACUGAGUGGGCUCUGCUGCCAUCACCAUCACCGCUGUGCCUCCUUCUCUCCGUUGUGACGACCCUUCACCCCCUCAGCUUCUCCUUUCUGUCCCGUCUCAUCCCAGCAGACGCUACUCCAAAUAGUGUCUCUUGUCCAGACAGGCUAAAGCUGACUGGUACAGGAGGAGGAUCCUCAUGUUUGAGCUGGGAUUGCAGCCCUCCCCCUGGUCUGGAUUAGAAAACGGGAACCGAUACUGUUCCCACCUCUCACUCUGCACUUUAACCCCCACAGCCGUCUGCUGGACUCGGUCACGCAGCCUCUGGUUCACCAGCUUCUCUUGGAUUCUGAUUGUUUUGUCCUCUGAUCACAUGUCUGUGAAGGAUGUUUGAUCCUUGCUGCUUAGAUUCUCUGCUGUGGUGUAAAAUCAGCCUGGUACGUGUUUUAAAAUGACCUAAUAAAGUAAGUGGUGUACGUGAAUGAAGCUAUUUAUUUAGUCAGGUGUUACUCGUCAUCAGCGUUGCCUUUCCUGGUUUGCAGAAGGAUGCAGCGGGAACUAUAAAAAUGAUACAAUUAGGUUGGUAAUAAGUUCAGAUAUAUCCUGAGUUUACAUUUUAUCAUGUCUGCAAUGCAGAAAAGUCAUCUCCUAAUGUAUGUGAAGCUGAACGAUAUCGCACUGCCAAUCCCAUUUAAACAGAUCUAUGAACAGGAAUCCUGUUGACCUGCUAAUUGAAGCCAACAAUUGUUACUAAAAUUAUCUACUUUUAGUGGAUCUGCAUGCAUGAAAACACAGGCAUCCAGCCUGGCACGCAUCUCCUUCACAGGGGCCGCUGGAAACUGUAUUUUAUGGCUUCCAACACAUAAAAAAACAACGGUAACUGGUGCUGUUUAAAUAUUUCAACUGCUUGGAUCACAUUGAACUAAUCAGGCAACAGGUUGUUGUGUAAGCAUUUUUGACUAUUUAAUUUACUCAAAGUACACUUUAAAAAUAAAUUGUUUUCAAUUUCAAGUUUGUGCUUAUUCCCCUUAAGUACCGUUUGUUGUGUAUGAAGUUCUAUAUAUCCGGAAGAACGAGGAAUAAAGUCUACGUAACCUUGA